GUUUGUAAGCGCAUCAUGUCUGGACGUGGCAAGCAGGGCGGCAAGGCGCGCGCCAAGGCCAAGACGCGCUCCUCGCGGGCCGGGCUGCAGUUCCCCGUGGGCCGCGUGCACCGGCUGCUCCGCAAGGGCAACUACGCCGAGCGCGUCGGGGCGGGCGCGCCCGUGUACCUGGCGGCGGUGCUGGAGUACCUGACGGCCGAGAUCCUGGAGCUGGCGGGCAACGCGGCGCGCGACAACAAGAAGACGCGCAUCAUCCCGCGCCACCUGCAGCUGGCCAUCCGCAACGACGAGGAGCUCAACAAGCUGCUGGGCAAGGUGACCAUCGCGCAGGGCGGCGUGCUGCCCAACAUCCAGGCCGUGCUGCUGCCCAAGAAGACCGAGAGCCACCACAAGGCCAAGGGCAAGUAAACCAAACUUGUUAAACAGAUUAGAGAGUGGAGCAAUUCAUCAGCCGUCCAGUAAUUCACUUGUUUAACUUCGGCCAAUGGCUUCUUUGCGCGGGACUUUUGAAAAAGCGCACAACCAAUCAGCAUGGUUUUGAGGGUACAUAAGGGUUGCCUCCGC